AGGGCCGAAGGAUUCACUCAGUGAGGAGGUUGUGAGCGGAGAGGGAGCUCAUCUACAGACCGACUGAUCCGACUGCCGCCAGCCCACCGUUUCCACCGCUAUGGACGAGUUUGUGGGUUUAAGUCCCAGAGAAGUCGUGCAGCGAGUGUCGGCCUCGCUGGGCUGCAGCCUGACGUCGGCGCAAGUGGCCGCUUACUUCGACGAAGGCGACGAGCUGAGGCAUCUCAGGGACAAUUUCCUGGUGCCCAAAAUCGCAGAUCUGCCUCCCUCCGAUCUGUCGCUGGUCGACGGCACCCAGGAGUGCAUCUACCUGGUGGGAAACUCUCUGGGGCUCCAGCCCAAAAUGGCCCGCAGAUACCUGGAGGAGGAGCUGGAGAAGUGGGCCAAAAUGGGCUGCCACGGCCACACGUUGGGCUCUCGACCCUGGGCCUGGGCGGAGAACAACAUCGAGGAGCUCAUGGCGAACGUCGUUGGAGCUAAAACUGAAGAAGUGGCUCUGAUGAACGGCCUGACUGUUAAUUUACACCUUCUCAUGCUUGCCUUCUACAAACCCACCGCAGCGCGACACAAAAUCCUUCUGGAGGACAAAGCUUUCCCUUCGGAUCACUACGCCGUCGAGUCUCAGAUCCGCCUCCGAGGAUUCGACCCCGAGCAGAGCAUGUUGCUGCUGUCGCCCAGACCGGGGGAGGAAACUCUGAGAACCGAGGACAUCCUGGACGUGAUCGAGAAGGAGGGCGACUCCAUCGCCGUGGUGAUGUUGAGCGGCGUCCAGUAUUACACCGGCCAGCUGUUCGACAUGGCCGCCAUCACCGUGGCCGGCCAGAGGAAGGGCUGUUUCGUCGGCUUCGAUUGCGCCCACGCUGCCGGAAACGUCGAGUUAAAGCUGCAUGACUGGGGCGUGGACUUCGCCUGCUGGUGCUCCUACAAGUAUAUAAACUCAGGUGCUGGUGGUCUCGCCGGAGCGUUUGUCCAUGAGAAGCACACGGAUACAAUCAAACCAGCGCUCAUGGGAUGGUGGGGACACGAUCUGAAGUCUCGGUUCCAGAUGAGUAACGUGUUGGAGCUGCAGCCCGGAGUGAGCGGCUUCAGGCUGUCCAACCAGCCCAUCUUGCUGGUCUGCCCCCUGCAGGCCAGUCUGGAGGUGUUUAACCAGACCAGCAUGCAGGCCCUGCGCAGGAAGUCCCUCCUGCUGACGGGUUACCUGGAGUUUCUGAUCCAACACUACUACAGCGAGGACCCGGCCAGACCCCACAAACCUUACGUCCACAUCAUGACGCCGUCGGACCCUCAGCAGAGGGGCUGCCAGCUCUCGCUGUCCUUCUCCAUCCCCAUCAGCAGAGUUUUUGCGGAGCUGGAGAAGAGGGGCGUCGCUUGCGACAUGAGGGAGCCCAGCGUGCUGCGAGUCGCUCCGGUGCCGCUCUACAACUCCUUCAGCGACGUCCAUCGCUUCGUCGACACUCUGGGCGCAGCGCUCGCCGCCAGCAGCCAAUGAGACGAGAGCGUGACGUAGCGCCUGACUAGAGCCUGUGACUCCAGCAGGUAGAGGGAAGAUUUACUGUCACAUCUGUAAACCGCAGCCCUUCAUGCUCAGACACACCUGAACACUUCUGCCUCACUUCACUGAACACCUCAUCAGUAAUGGUGUUAUUUUGUUUCAGUGGCAAAUAUUCCACAGGAAUGAAUUGGCUGAAAUAAAGAUGUUAUUGCUCCACCUGUUUACAAUAAAGUAGAAAAGUCUUCAGAGUGGUUGGAGGACAGCAAACA